AUGCCAUCUCUACCCUGGAAGAAGUCCCGAUCGUCCACCUUGACCGAGAAACAAUCAAAAGACGUCGUUGACCACCACGAUCAACCGACCGACAACAAAGACACCACCACCCCCUCCGACGCACCCUCCUCUCCCUCAGAAACCACCCGCCCAACGGGCCUCCGCCUCAUCCUCCUCUUCCUCUCCCUAUCCCUAGCCGUCCUCCUCUGCGCCCUCGACGGCACCAUAAUCGCCACCGCCAUCCCAACCAUCACCGCCCACUUCGACAGCCUCGACGACUACUCCUGGUACAACUCCGCCUUCCUCCUGACCACAUGCGCCUUCCAACUCCCCUUCGGACGGGCCUACAGUCUCGUAUCGACUAAGUGGACUUUCGUGUUCGCGAUUGUGGUGUUUGAGGUCGGGUCGGCUAUUUCUGGUGCGGCGCCGACGAGUCUGGCGCUGAUUGUGGGGAGGGCGGUGCAGGGGUUGGGGUGUAGUGGGAUUUUUGGGGGGGCGUUUGUUAUUAUUGCUGAGACGACGCCUUUGGACAAGAGGGCGUUGUUUAAUGGGUUUCUUGGUGUAAAUCUACCCUUAGGAGCAGUGACGCUCUUCGUCGUCGCCCUCUUCCUCCCUCCAAUCGGCAACGCCAAAGGACCUAUCAAAAAGGACGGCCAAACCUGGUUCCAAGUCUUGCUUCGAUUCGAUCCCAUUGGAACACUGAUCCUCGUUCCAUCAAUCAUCUCCCUUCUUCUCGCGCUGCAAUGGGGUGGCAUUACAUACGCCUGGAGCGAUCCAGUCAUGAUCGGCCUUCUGGUCUGCUUUGGGGUGAGCAUCCUGAUGUGGGUAGCUGUGCAGUGGUGGAUGGGCGACGACGCCACGAUCCCUGGCAAGGUCAUCAAGCAGCGUACUGUCAUCUUUGCCUCCGGAUACAUGCUUUUCGGAGCGGCGGCAUUCAUGGUCGCUGUGUACUACCUCCCGGUCUGGUUCCAAGCCAUCAAAGGAGCAUCGGCAGUCCAGUCCGGCAUCAACAGCCUCGCGCUCAUCCUCGCAGUCGUGAUCGCCUCGAUCGCGGCCGGCGGUGCCGUGGUGCUCAUUGGAUACUACGUCCCCUUCCUUCUGCUCGGGACUAUCUGCAUGUCCGUUGGCGCUGGUCUACUCAUGACUCUCACACCGAGUUCUGGCAAAGGAGCCUGGAUCGGAUAUCAAAUCCUGUUCGGCGCCGGCAUUGGCAUGAGUCUCGAGCAAUGCAGUAUUGCCGUCCAGACCGUAUUGCCGGAGCAUCUGGUGGCUUCGGGAACUAGCCUGGCAGUGUUCGCUCGGUCAUUCGGCGGCAGCAUCUCUAUCGCCAUUGCAGAAAACGUGUUCCAGCAAGAGCUGCGCGAACGGUUGGCCAACACAGUACCCGGGCUGAACCUGGAAGUGAUCAGUGGGAGCGGUGCGACAGAUUUGGUUGCUGAUGUGACGAAGGCGACGGAUGGCAAUCAGCGGAUCGUUGACGAGGUCCUGAGGGAAUACAGCGGCGCUUUGACGCAGACAUUCCUUGUUGCUGUUGUGUUGAGCGCCUUGACUGGGCUGUUCGCGCUUGGUGUAGAAUGGAAAAGCGUGAAGAAGGAUAAGAAGAACAAGAAGGAGGGCGAGGAUGAUAGCAAGGCUGACGAUGAGGCAGACGCUGGCCAGAAAACAGAUGAUGAGAAGAAGGGGGAUGCUGAAGAGUGA